AUGUCUACUGAAGCACCAACAAAACGCCGUAAAUCCAAAGGCGACAAGACCGCCGCUGCAACCGAGCCUGCGCCUGCACCCGCUACUACUACUGUUGAACCCGAGUCUAUUGCUACUGCCGUCAAAUCCUCGCGUAGAGACCGUAAGAAAAAGGCUAGACACUCUACUGCUUCUGAGGUCGACGUGACUGCUGCCGCGGAGGAUAUUGAGGCUGAGGGUGGGAAGAAGGAGAAGAAGAGGAAGGCGGCGGAGGUUGAGGCUGAGGCGCCGGUUGAAGAGGGAGAGGGCAAGAAAAAGAAGAAGCGCAAGUCGCAGGCUGCCGAGGAGUCUGUCGCAGCGCCCGCUGAGCCUGCUGCCGAGCCUGCGCCUGAAGCUGCUCCCAAGAAGGAGAAGAAGCGCAAGGCAAAGGCGGCCGCGGAAGAUGCCGCACCUGUCGUCGAGAUUGCUGCAGCAGCUGAGGAACCUGUCGCACCUACGCCGAAAAAGGAGAAGAAGCGCAAAGCGAAGGCUACCGAGGACUCCACACCCACCGUCGUCGAAGAUGUUCCCGCUCCCGCCGCCGAGGACGCGUCGAGCUCCACCGCGCCCAAGAAGGGCAAGAAGAAGGACAAAAAGGGCGCCACGGCAAAGGCCACGGAGGUUGCGACGUCCAGUACCGAAGCCGUAGUUUUGGUCGCCGCUGAUGAGGCUCUCAAGUCGGCAGCCGCUGUUGAGAAGGAAGUGGAGGUUGUCGCCAAGGAAGUGGAGACUUACGUCGAGACACCAGCGGCCGUCCCAGCAAAGUCUUCGAAGAAGGCGAAGAAGGCUGCCGCAUCCGCUACGGACGUUCCUGCCGUCGCUGAAGCUAUCGCCGAAGCCCCCGCUGCGUCUACGCGUGCAAAGACCUCAAAAAAGGCGGCGAAGAAGGCAACGGCAACAGUCACGAUCGAGGAGGAUGCCGCUCCCGCGUCGACAGUCGCCGUCGCUGCGGCAUCCGUCGUCGUACCCGCGCCUGAAAAGAAGUCGAAGAAGCGCAAGUCCGUGACCAUCGACGAGGAUGCCCCUAUGCCUGAGUCUUCAUCGCCCGAAAAGGCGCCUGUCUCUAUCCUGAAGAAAACCAAGAAGACGGCCGCCACCGCGACGCCCGCGAAGACGAAGAAGGGACCUCGUGCCCCCUCGCCGGCGCCCGAACCGUCCGGUUCUGACGACGAUGAGGCUAUGCCUGCUUCACACGAGGAGGAGGCCUCAGCGGACGCACAGGAGAGCGACGAGGACUCGGAGGACCUGCAUCUACGUGGGUUUUCGACGGACGAAGACUCGUCUGACGAGGAGAUGGAGGACGACGAGCCGGGCGUGGACGUCGGUACUCUUCCUACAAUCGAUCGCGAUGACAAGACCGUCAAGCGGAGACUGGAGAAGGCCAAACGGGAGAAGAACGUUGACCGUGGUGUUAUCUACCUCGGCAGGAUACCUCACGGUUUCUACGAGGACCAGAUGCGCGCAUACUUUUCCCAGUUUGGAACCGUUACUCGCUUGCGCUUGUCUCGAAGCAAGAAGACUGGCCGCUCCAAGCACUACGGCUUCAUCGAGUUCGACUCCUCGGCCGUGGCCCAGAUCGUCGCCGAGACGAUGGACAACUAUCUCCUUCUCGGCCAUAUCUUGCAAUGCUCCGUGAUCCCUCGUGAUGAGGUUCACCCAUCACUCUGGGUUGGCGCGAAUAGAAAAUACCGUGCAGUGCCUCAUGACCGCCUUGCGCGCGUAUCGCACAACAGGGAGCGGGAUGGCGUCGAAAAGGCCCGAGCGGAGAAGCGGUUAUUGAAACGCCAGGAGGCGCGUAAGCGCAAGCUUGCGGACGCUGGCAUCGAUUACGACUUGGAGGGUGCUGCAUACAAAAAGCCGAAAGCAGUUGAAGCGGCGACCUGA